AUGGAUGACUUAUUCGAUGUUUUCGAAGACAAGCCCGGAGCUUACGUCUCAGACGAUGAGCCUGCAAGAUCUCGACCAAAGAAAGACAAAAGCAAAAAGCGGCAAGCAAAUGGUGAUGUGAAGGCCAAAAAGCAAGACUCACAACCCGACGAGGAAGUCUCACCAGACGCUCCGGCUGCGGAUACAACGGCGAAUGGCGCAGAUCGCCAAUCCGAAGAAAAUGCCCAGCCAGAAGCGAAGCGCCAACGCAUUCAAGAUGAGCCGGCAGCAGUCGUCGCCGAUUCCUUCGAAACCGAGCAGGAACGAGAAGUGGCUGCCUCAGCUGGGCUACAAGCCACCCAAGAUACAGGUGCCGUCGUGCUCUCGCAUCAAGUCCGCCACCAAGUCGCAAUUCCACCAAACUAUCCGUACAUACCUAUUUCCCAACAUGUGCCUCCCGAGGAGCCUGCUAGAGUUUGGCCGUUUACCCUUGAUCCUUUCCAACAAACCGCCGUUCAUUCGAUACAGAGAGAAGAGAGUGUUCUGGUUUCGGCCCAUACAAGUGCUGGAAAAACGGUUGUAGCAGAAUAUGCUAUUGCGCAAAGUUUGAAGAAGAACCAGAGAGUCAUCUAUACUAGUCCUAUCAAGGCUUUGAGUAAUCAAAAGUACCGAGAGUUCGCAGCAGAAUUCGGCGACGUGGGUCUGAUGACUGGAGAUGUUACAAUCAAUCCCACAGCAACAUGUCUCGUCAUGACUACGGAGAUUUUGAGAUCCAUGCUUUAUCGCGGUUCGGAAAUCAUGCGAGAAGUAGCAUGGGUCGUGUUUGACGAAAUUCACUACAUGCGUGACGCAACUCGUGGUGUCGUUUGGGAAGAGACUAUCAUUCUACUCCCAGACAAGGUUCGCUACGUCUUCUUGUCCGCCACGAUCCCCAACGCCAUGCAGUUCGCAGAAUGGAUUGUCAAUUUGCAUCACCAACCAUGUCACGUUGUUUAUACUGAUUUCCGACCCACGCCGUUACAACAUUAUUUCUUCCCGGCUGGUGCAGAAGGAAUUCACUUGGUGGUCGAUGAAAAAGGUGUUUUCCGGGAAGAUAACUUUCAGAAAGCAAUGAGCACUAUUGCCGAAAACAAGGGUGACGAUCCGGCAAACGCCUUGGCCAAUCGCAAGGGUAAAGGCAAAGACAAGAAGUUCAACAAGGGAGCCAACAAGGGGCCCUCCGAUAUCUUCAAGAUCGUCAGGAUGAUCAUGUUAAGAAGCUACAACCCCGUCAUCGUUUUCAGUUUCAGCAAGCGCGAGUGUGAAGCAAACGCUUUGCAAAUGAGUAAAAUGGCCUUCAACGACGACUCUGAGAAAGAAAUGGUUUCCAAAGUCUUCAACAGCGCCAUUGAGAUGCUCUCUGAAGAGGACCGACAGCUGAAACAAAUCCAGAACCUUCUACCUCUGUUACGACGUGGAAUCGGCAUCCAUCACGGAGGUCUACUCCCCAUUUUGAAGGAGACCAUCGAAAUUUUGUUCCAAGAGGGUCUUCUCAAGGUACUUUUCGCCACGGAGACGUUUUCUAUUGGACUGAACAUGCCUGCCAAAACAGUUGUCUUUACAAGUGUACGGAAGUUCGAUGGCAUUGAUACACGCUGGGUUACACCGUCCGAAUUUAUUCAGAUGUCAGGACGAGCUGGUCGAAGAGGUCUGGACGAACGUGGUAUCGUGAUCAUGAUGGUCGGUGAAGAAAUGGAGCCCUCCGUUGCGAAGGAGAUCGUGCGUGGCGAACAAGACCGACUCAACUCUGCUUUCCAUUUAGGGUACAACAUGAUUCUCAAUUUGAUACGAGUUGACGGUAUUUCCCCUGAAUUCAUGCUCAGGAAGUGCUUCUAUCAAUUCCAGAAUACAUCUAGCGUUGCUGGUUUGGAGAAAGAACUUGCGGAGCUUGAGACCAAACGGAUCAACAUGAGCAUUCCAGACGAACCCACAAUUCAGGAUUACUAUGAUUUACGAAAGCAAUUGACAAGAUUUACUGCUGAUAUGCAAGAAGUUAUCACCCACCCCGAUUACUGUUUACAGUUCCUGCAACCAGGACGUCUUGUGCAUAUCAUGCAUCAAGGUAAUGACCUUGGCUGGGGCGCCAUUGUAAACUACAAGCAACGGAGAUCAAAGAAUCCUAACGAAGUCCUCGCCCCUCAAGAGUCAUAUAUUGUGGAUGUCUUGUUGCAGGUUGCGGAAGGCUCUUCAACGGGCACUCGCACUCACACCGAUCUACCUGCUGGUAUUCGACCACCAAAGGAGGGCGAAAAGAGCCAUAUGCAAGUCGUACCGGUGCUUCUAAAGUGUCUACAAUCUAUAUCUCACGUCCGAAUCUUCCUCCCCAAAGAGGUGCAAACGGUAGACUCGCGGGCUAGCGUCAAACGUUCAGUUGAUGAGAUUAAGAAGCGAUUCCCGGAUGGUCUGCCUCUCCUUGAUCCGAUUGAGAACAUGAACAUCACGGAUGACUCUUUCAAGAAACUCAUGAGGAAAGUUGAGGUGCUUGAAUCGCGGCUCUUGGCCAACCCUCUGCAUAAUUCGCCACGCUUGCCAGAAUUGUACGACCAAUAUUCGGAAAAAGUCGAAUUAGGCGUCCAAAUCAAGGACAUCAAGAAGAAGAUUUCCGACGCUAUGUCGGUUAUACAGAUGGAUGAAUUGAAAUGCCGAAAGCGAGUUCUUCGGCGACUUGACUUCAUCAACAAAGAAGACGUUGUCCAGCUCAAGGCUCGAGUAGCAUGCGAGAUCAGCACUGGUGAUGAACUCAUGCUGAGUGAACUGUUGUUCAAUGGUUUUUUCAACAACCUUACACCCGAACAAAUUGCGGCUGUCCUGAGUUGCUUUGUCUUUGAAGAAAAGGUCAAGGACGCACCUGCAUUGACUCGGGAUGAGCUAAGCAAGCCGCUCAAAGAAAUACAGUCUCAAGCUCGGAUCAUUGCCAAGAUGUCCAUGGAAUCGAAACUAGCAGUUAAUGAGGAAGAAUACGUACAAAGCUUCCACUGGGAGCUUAUGGAUGUGAUUUAUGAGUGGGCUCACGGCAUGUCAUUCGCAAAAAUCUGUACGAUGACAGACGUUUACGAAGGUAGUUUGAUUCGAGUCUUCCGUCGUCUUGAGGAACUGAUGCGACAGAUGGCACAGGCUGCCAAGGUCAUGGGCAACGAUGAGCUUGAACAGAAGUUCGAGACAUCUCUCACCAAGGUUCGCCGAGAUAUUGUUGCCGCUCAAUCUCUAUACUUGUAA